AAAUAUCUAUAUAUCGAAUUAAAACUAUUUUUAAAAAUCCUAAAUAAUUAAAAAUUUAAGAUUAUAAAAAUUACUAAGCCAUUGCAAGAGGGCAAGAAAGCCUAGAGUGUUUAAAUUACACGGACCACGCCAAAAAAGAAAUCUCUCUCUCUCUCUCUCUCUCUCUUUGUUAAUAUAUAUUUAUAUUUAUAUAUAUACAUAUAUAUAUAUAUAUUCAUAUAUGUAUAUAUUUAUAUAUAUAUAAACGAAACUCCACUUCAUGAUACUAAUCCUAAAAAGAGAACACCUUACGAUCCGUUAAUAGAAUAAAACAAUAAACUUAAAUUCCAUCAAUGAAAUCCUAAAGAACGCAAAAACAAAUUUGAAUUAAAGAAAGCAAAUAUCAAGUAGUAUUCUAAACUUGCAUCUGAUCCCAAAGAUUAUAAAUCUACAUCUCUCUCUCUUUCUGUCUAUCUCUCUCUUCUAUUUUCUCUUCAAAAAAAUCUCUUUCUCUAAUUUGAGAUAUAAGCGUAUCUCGUGUGUGUAUGUGCGUGUGUGUGUUUGUGUGAACUGUAUAACUGUAUAUCACAAUUUACUCCAACUUUUAUUAUAAACAAGAACGAAAACAAAAAAGCAAUACUAUAAAAAAAAAAAAAAACAAACAAACAAACAAAAGAAAAAAAAACAAAACAAACCCAACACAAGAGAGAGAGUUCUUAUUUAAUUUAACUAAAAAGACUUUAAACCGCCGCGUAAACGCGUUCGUUCUCGCGUAUAUUAAACCUGCGCAUUUUUCUCGCUCGCCAUUUUUUACCAUACUGUACUCUCUCAUCUCAAAAAGCGAAUGCAGUAUAAUUUAGUGCCUCUUUGUUUUUAUUAAAUUAAUUCGUUUCGUCAAACAAACAUAAAUCGGUAUACUUUCCUGUGCAAAACUGAUAAAAAAGAAAGAAAAAAAAGAAGCAAAAACGAAAACAAGAAAUAACUCUUAUAAAAAAAAGCUACCGUUAUUCAGCAGAAUAAACAUAAAUAGAUCAGCUCUUGGCUUAAAACUUUUCUCUUUCCACGAUGAAUACUCAGUCAAAAGUCUAUCGUACUGGCGAAGAAAUCUACGAUAAUUUGCCGUGUGAUGGAUUUUUCAAUAUGAACGCAAUACGUAAUAUGGGUAUUUCGAAUAACUUUCCGCCUAUUGGUACAUUUUCACUUGAGACAGCUUUGGGGCCGCCCACGCCGCAUCAACAUCAGCCUCAGGGCCCACCGCCACCAAUGGGUCAGGGUGCCCCAAUUGGUUUUUUCGAUGCUAACGAAGUAACGGAUGUUAUGCAAAAUCCGUCCACCAUAGGGGUAUUCCAAUCCAAUAGUGUUCUUAGCAAUGGUGGUGGGACUUCAUCCUCAAUGUAUGGUUCUCAAUCGAAUUCUUCUUCAGCUGCCAAUGAUCCAAGUCAAACUACACGUGAGACUGGUAUAAUUGAAAAACUUUUGCAUUCGUAUGGCUUUAUACAGUGUUGUGAGCGUCAGGCGCGCUUAUUUUUUCAUUUUUCGCAAUUCAGUGGCAAUAUUGAUCAUUUAAAGAUCGGUGACCCUGUAGAAUUUGAAAUGACUUAUGAUCGUCGAACGGGUAAACCAAUUGCUAGUCAAGUUUCUAAAAUAGCUCCAGAAGUGGUCUUGUCGGAGGAGCGUGUUACCGGUACUGUGACCACCGAAUUGCGUACCGAUAGCGCAAAUAAUUUGUUGUCGUCCAGUGAGACUACCGGCCGAAUUAGUUAUGAGAACCGCGGUGAAUGCUUUUUCUUGCCCUAUACCAAAGACGAUGUUGAGGGUAAUGUUACUUUGCGAGCUGGCGAUAAGGUCAGCUUCCAAAUAGCUACCAACCAAAGAGGUAAUCUGGGCGCAUGUCAUAUUCGCUUAGAGAACCCAGCACAGCCAGUUAAAUAUCGAGGCGUGGUAUGCUCAAUGAAGGAGUCGUUCGGUUUCAUUGAACGUGCCGACGUGGUUAAAGAGAUUUUCUUUCAUUUUUCGGAAGCUGAAGGAAAUGUCGAACUACGUCCAGGCGAUGAUGUUGAAUUCACCAUACAAACUCGUAGUGUAAGAUAUAUUUAUUUUUUUUUAAGUACGUGUGUCAUCAUGAUUUGUUUUUUUGUCGUUCCAUUAAAGGGUCGCGAAUUUGCUUGCAAUAUAACACGUUUGCCUCCGGGUUCCGUCAUUUUCGAAGAUGUAGAUACGGUUAUCUAUAAGGGUCAAGUGUUGAAGCCAUUGGAUCGCAACAAUCCCAUGCGUCCCACGAAUGAUCCGUUGCCCGGUCGCAUACGCUAUCGUGCACCUGAUUAUUCAGAAGUUGAAGUACCAUUUGGAGAUAAAGACCAGAAGGGCGACUUUACUUUGCGUCACGGCGAUUGGGUUCAGUUUCUAUUGGCUACAGAUCGCCGGGAUCAAUUGCAGCGAGCGACAGCAAUUUCUCUGUUGGAUGAGACCUUUAAAGUUUCAGGAGAGAAGCGCGAACAGGGCGUUAUCGCUUCAUUAAAGGAAGGUUUCGGUUUUAUACGUUGUGUGGAACGUAAUGUGCGUUUAUUUUUUCAUUUCACUGAAAUCCUUGACACAAGCCGUGAAAUCGCUAUUAACGAUGAGGUGGAAUUUACUGUAGUCCAAGAACAGGGUGUGCCCUAUAACACUUCGCGUUUACAUGCGAUACGUAUACGACAUUUGCCACCCAAUUCUGUGCAAUUUGAAACAUUAGUGGCCAGCAAUAUUGAGGGUUAUGUUACUCGUGAGGCACCCAAGAGUCCAAUAAAAUCUCAAGACCGUGUUGAAGGCGGUGUUAUAACGUAUGAUCAUGGUGAACUUAAAAAGACUAUAAUGUAUUUCCUUAAAGACUGCGAAAAACCACCAAGGAUUGGAGAUCGUGUACGCUUCGAUAUUUAUUUGGUAAAAAGAAAUAAAGAAUUGAUUGCUGUUAACGUACAACAGUUGCAUGUAAUGCAACCGGGCACGCAACAACUGCAGCCGCCACCACCACAACCAUUACAACAGUUACAGCAGCAAUCAGUCACAAUGCAACAGCUGGCAUCGAAUACAACGAAUCCACAACAACAACAACAACAACAACAACAACAACAGCAGCAGCAGCAACCACAACAACAACAACAACAACAACAGCAACCACAACAACCACAACAACCACAACAGCAACCAGCACAACAUCAUCAUACCAUUCACGCCAAUCAAAACAGUGAUCAAACAUUGCUGCCAAACGGUAUAGGCAGUGGCAUUGUUAUACAGCAAAACGGAUAUUUACCGAUGGUUGGUAAUCAGAUUAUGAUCGCUGCCUCCACCCCUCGUAUCGAGGACUAUAACAAAUUGGACAACAAUAAUUUGGCUACCAAUGCUAGUGGACAAAUUGUCUAUCGGGGUUUUAUAGCCGUUAUUAAGGAGAACUUUGGUUUUAUUGAAACUAUGUUGCACGAUGAAGAAGUAUUCUUUCACUUCAGCAACUAUGUAGGCAAUCCUAACUGGUUAGAAUUGGGUCAGGAAGUAGAAUAUAUUCUGUCGCCGAAUGGCAAUACAUCUGUGUCGGGCAAUUGUUUGCCAGCAGAGAAUGUACGCACCUUGCCAAAGGGAACCAUACCGCAGCCAAGUGUAUUGGAGGGCAUGCACAACGGUGUUGUUGCACGUCCGUUACGUUGCAUCAAUCCUGAUCAGCAGGAGUAUGCUGGACUAAUUGAAGUGUUUGACGAAUCGCGUACACAGGUGUUAGCCAAGCAUGAGUUCGGCAUUACCAGUUUAGUCAAUAAACGAGAUUUAUUGCAAAAAGGCGAUUUGGUUACAUUCAAAGUUGAUGAGACUGGCCGAGCUGCUGAAAUCACUGCCGUCCGCCAAAAGAAACGUGCUACGGUUGAUUCUAUCAAGGGUCAAUUCGGAUUUCUCAAUUAUGAGAUAGAAGAUGGCAAAAAACUGUUCUUCCACAUGUCUGAGGUGCAGGGCAAUGCUGUAGCCUUGCAUCCCGGUGAUACUGUGGAAUUUUCGGUCGUUACUAAUCAGCGAAAUGGAAAAUCAUCGGCUUGCAAUGUUUUGAAAAUCAAUGAUCGUCCAGAUCGUUUGAUUUCACGUCUCAAAUUGACCGAUGACACAUUGCCACGUUUAACAGUUGUAAGAGCACCCAGAGGUCCCCAAGGCAAAGGCUUUUUACUACAAGCUCGUUUACCACGCAUUCCUGGCACUUUCGUGGAAUAAGCUGUAGACCCAUAGAGCCCCGUGUAAAAAAUAGAAACAAAAUUAUGUCAUUAAGUUUUCCCAACUUCCCGCCACUCUCUAUAUAUCUUUUCACAAGCCGUUCAAGUCAAAAUCGUCAAUGUUAUACGACAUUUCAUCAUUGAAACUACUACAGUUUGAGAUAAAAGCAAAACAAAAUAAAACAAAACAAAA